AUGGCCCUUUGCUGCAGCAAACUCAAGUGCCCUUUUGCUGCAGCAAACUCAGAUAGCUCUUUGCUGCUUUGCUGCAGCAAACUCAAAUGCCCUUUUGCUGCAGCAAACUCAAAUGCCCUUUUGCUGCAGCAAACUCAGAUAGCUCUUUGCUGCUUUGCUGCAGCAAAGCAAACAGCAGCAGGGAAGCAACAGCAGCUCGCGCUGCAGCAGCAGCAACUGCAGCAGAAGCAGCAGCAGCUGGCGCUGCACCAGCAGCAACGGCCGCUGGCAUUGCAGCAGCUGCUGCUGCAGCAGCAGCAACUGCAGCACAAGCAGCAGCAGCUGGCGCUGCACCAGCAGCAACGGCCGCUGGCAUUGCAGCAGCAUCAAAACCAGCUCGCGCUGCAGCAGCAGCAGCAGCAGCAGCUGGUGCUGCAGCAGCAGCACGGGGGGGUCACCUUAGAGCAGCCCACCUGGGGCAGCAAGGAAGCUGAUGAGGGCCAAUAUAACAAAAAGGCUCAGCAGCAGCAGCAGCAGCAGCAGCAGCAGCAACAACAGCAGCAGCAGCAGCAGCAGCAGCAGCAGCAGCAGCAGAUCUCCUCAGAUUUAAAGACUCCGCCCAGCUCCUGCCUGUCCUGGGCCCUUGUGGAGCCCCUUGGGGGCCCCUGGGGCCCCCUGAGAACCACUGGGGGCCCCUUGGGUCUGUGGGGGCCCCCGCAGGGGGCCCCCUGGCUGGGGCCCCCCGGGCAGCCAGGGAGUUGGCUGCUGGCCGCGGCUGCAGCAGCUGAUUAG